AUGCUAUCUCCUGCUACUAGAACUAUUAUUAAGGCUACCGUUCCAAUCUUGGAACAACGUGGUACCGAAAUUACUACUACUUUCUACAAGAACAUGUUAAAUGAACACACCGAACUAUUGAACAUCUUUAACAGAAUCAACCAAAAGAAGGGUUCUCAACCAACUGCUUUAGCUACUACUGUUUUGGCUGCCGCUAAGCACAUUGACGAUUUGACUCCAUUACUAGGUCACGUCAAGCAAAUUGGUCAAAAGCACCGUGCUUUACAAAUCAAACCAGAACAUUAUCCAAUUGUUGGUGAAUAUUUGUUGAAGGCCAUCAAGGAAGUCCUUGGUGAUGCGGCUACCCCAGAAAUUAUUAACGCUUGGGGUGAGGCUUACAAUGAAAUCGCUAAUGUUUUCAUCACCGUUGAAAAGGAAAUGUACAAAGAAGCUGCUUGGGAAGCUUGGAAACCAUUCACUGUCACUUCCAAAGAAUUAGUCGCUAGCGAUAUUUACGAAUUCACAGUCGCUGCUGAAGCUGGUAGUGGUGUCGAUUUGACCAAGUUGCCAAUUGUUGCUGGUCAAUAUAUCACUGUCAACAUUCACCCAACUAUCCAAGAUAACAAAUACGAUGCCCUACGUCAUUACUCUCUAUGUUCUAUUGAUCCAACCCAAGGUCUAAAGUUUGCUGUUAAGCUUGAAACCUCUAAGGGUAACCCAGAAGGUUUAGUCUCUGAAUUCUUACAUGAAAAGGUUAAUGUUGGUGACAAGAUUAAAUUGAGUGCCCCAGCAGGUGACUUCGCCCUAAACGAAAAAUUGAUUAAUCAAAACGAAGUUCCACUAGUUCUAUUAUCUGCUGGUGUUGGUGUUACUCCAAUCUUAGCUAUGCUAGAACAACAAAUUAAGGCUAAUUCAAAGAGACCUAUCUACUGGAUUCAAUCUUCCCGUGACGAAAAGGACCAAGCUUUCAAGACUAAGGUCGAUGAACUAUUGAGCAAGUGUGAAACUGUCACUAAAGAAAUCGUCCACACUAACAAGACUGAGCGUAUAAAUGGUGAAUUCCUACAAUCCAAGGUUCCAGCUCACGCUGAUGUCUAUAUCUGUGGUUCUCUAGAGUUCAUGAAGGGUAUGAUCGCUCAUUUGAAGACCCUAGAACACAACGACGAUUUGAUUCACUACGAACCAUUUGGUCCAAAGAUGACUACUAUCACCGUCUAG